CUAUGCAUUGACGAUAUAAGGAAAGAGUUGCCGGAAAAAAAUCAAUAUGAAAAAUAAUUGGACAUCUUACUUUCUUAUAGACUGUUCUCAACUUAUCCCAAUGCUUCUCUUCCCUUUUACCCCACAUCUUCAGCUAUCCCCAUCCUUUUGUUGCUUUUCGACAUAACGAACUUUAACUUUUCCAUGCUAUAUAUAUUAAUCUUAUGGCAAACUAUAGUACUCCAUGAAAGCGCAUUCCAACAACAGAAUACAAUUGCAUACUAUUUGUAGUUUCUGUUUACAUAAUACCAGAGAAACAAUCCAGUAUCCUUGUUCAGCUGAUCCACAAAUGGGCAUUCAAGACCAAAGCGCGAAGUAGGAGUUGCAGAGUUAUGGGUGGUGAUGGUGCAACCAGCUGCGGUAGCAGUUUUUUGAAGGGUUUCUUGAGAGCUGUUCUUUUACUUAGUUUUCUAUGUUGUGUAUCUGCUGAGAUUUUAGUGAAACAAAGAGCCAAAACUGUCACCAAAGCAGUUACAGGGACAACAAGCAAUAAUUUAGAUGUUGGGAGGACAACAACACAAACUGAAAGGCAUUUUCUUCCAAGGAAUACCAAUCUCAAUUAUGUCAGCAAAAGAAGAGUAUGGAGCGAAGCUGAUCCCAUACACAACAGGGAAGCUGGAAAGUACAUGGAAACACGCAUUCGUGCUUGAGCUUAGGGGCAAAGUAAGAGGCUGGACAACAAUGACGAAACCAGAAAUUUCCGCAAGGGUGUUCAAACUUGAAAGAAGUGAAAACAAUUCCCCCAAAAGGGUGUUCAGUUUUGGGUGUUCAGUAUAUGUUAUACACCUCUAACACCAAAUAUACUUAUUUAUAUACAUAGUGUAAUUUUUCGACGAAGGGUGGUCAAUUGACCAUCUUUCGGAUAAUGUAGCUUCGCCGCUGCUUGACAACUACUAUUGCAAAGAGUUUCGCCAAUCAACAAGAUUUUUUUUGCUUGGAAACUCAUUGUGCAUUGCACAUCUUGAGUACUAAGCACCAUCUGUUUGUAGAGAAGCAAAUUACAAUCAAGUGAAUGAAAAUUUCAGCUACCAAAUCAAAUUCAAGAGGGCAAAUAGCCUUUGAAACGCCCAAUUGAUUUCCAGUUUAUCCAAAAUCAUUUCGGAUAAGAAACACAACAUCCGCAUUAGGAACUAAAGAUACUAAUCAACAAUGUCAUUCAAGACUAAUCAGAAGGGUUAAUUGCCAAUAACCUUGCCUAGGUUGCAUCCCCAUUGGAUAAAUUAAUAUCAAUGUAAAGGCAGAUAUUUUACCAAACCAAUCCAUUCUGGAAUAUAGCAUGGCCUGUAUAGGCAUUGCAUCACUUUCCUUACUUUCACAUAUCUGUCAGGAUUUUAUGCUUUUUCGCUUACUAAAGGGGAAAAGAAGAAUCCUCUUUUCAUCAAACCUCCAAAAAGCAAACAUGCAGAAAUUAUCAAAUAGCGUCAACCUAGAGCAAUCAUCGACAAAUUUUGAAGCUAAGGCAGCAUAAUCUUUACUCUUGUUUGGCUUAAGAUUCACAUCUGAAAAAAGGAAUUUAGAUAUUUUAUAAUUUGAUAUACAAACAAUAAACGAUUGCAAGGGACCCGCUGAAUAUAUGAAGAACAAAGGGGAAUGCUCUGACCUUAAAAGGCCAAUGCUCAGGUCAGUUGCAAAAA